UUAGACAUGGCUCCAGAGACCCACAUGCCAGAACCCAUGUGCCUCAUUGGGAACAAUGGGGAACAGCUAGUGGCUAACCAGGAAGCCCUGGAGAUCCUGUCUGCCAUCACACAGCCUGUGGUGGUGGUGGCCAUCGUGGGCCUCUACCGCACUGGCAAAUCCUACCUGAUGAACAAGCUGGCUGGCAAGCAGAAAGGCUUUUCUGUUGGAUCCACUGUGCAGUCUCACACCAAGGGGAUCUGGAUGUGGUGUGUCCCUCAUCCUCAGAAGCCAGACCACACCCUAAUUCUGCUUGACACAGAGGGCCUGGGGGAUGUGGAGAAGAUUGAUGAAAAGAGUGAUAUUCAGAUCUUCGCACUGGCAAUCCUUCUCAGUAGCACCUUGGUAUACAACACCAUGAACAAAAUUGACCAGGGGGCUAUUGACCUACUGCACAAUGUGACGGAACUGACAGAUCUGCUCCACACAAGAAAUUCCUCUGACCUGAGUGAAAUUAAAGAACCUGCUGACUCGAGCUUCUUUCCAGACUUGGUGUGGACUCUGAGAGAUUUCUUCCUGAGUCUGGAAACAAAUGGCCAUGCCAUCACACCAGAUGAAUAUCUGGAGAGCUCACUGAAGCUGAAACAAGGUAGUGAUGAAAGGACUCAAAUGUUCAAUCUGCCCCGAUUGUGCAUUCAGAAGUUCUUCCCGGUGAAGAAAUGCUUUGUUUUUGACUCCCCGGCUGACAGAAAUAAGCUUUCCCAGCUCCACACACUUAACAGUGAAGAGCUGAGUUCUGAAUUUGUGCAAGAGCUGUCAGAAUUCUGUUCUUACAUCUUCACCUAUUCCAAGACCAAGACUCUCCCAGGGGGCAUCCAGGUCAAUGGAUCUCGUCUAGAAGGCCUGGUGUUGACCUACAUCGAUGCCAUCAGUAGUGGGGCCCUGCCCUGCAUAGAGAAAGCAGUGGUAACCUUGGCCCGAAAAGAGAACUUGGCUGUAGUGCAAAAGGCCAUCGCCCACUAUGACCAGCAGAUGAGCCAGAGGGUGCAGCUGCCCACAGAGACCCUCCAGGAGCUGUUGGACCUGCACAGGACUUGUGAGAGCAAAGCCAUGGAAAUCUUCAGGAAGCAUUCUUUCAAGGACGAGGACCAAUGUUUUCAGAAGGAAUUGAAGUGCCUACUGAAUGCAAAGCAGGAUGAGAUUUGUAAGAAGAACAUGGAAGCCUCUGAAAACCACUGCUCAACUCUACUUCAGAAUAUUUUUAAGCCUCUGGAACAGGAAGUGGCACAGGGGGUCUAUGCUAGACCAGGAGGCCACAAUCUCUUCCUUAGAAAGAUGGAACAGUUGAAGGCACAGUACCGUCAGCAGCCAAGGAAAGGAACUCAGGCUGAGGAAGUGCUGCAGAAAUAUCUGAAGGCCAAAGAACAACUGAGCAAUACAAUUCUACAAACAGACAAGUCUCUCACAGCCAAUGAGAAUAGGAGGAAAGCUCAACAAGCGAGAGCAGAGGCUGCAAGGGCUGAAGCACGGAGGUUGGAGGCAGUUCGAAUCCAGGAAGAGAAGAGGAGAGCAGAGCAGGAGAGACGGCAUCAAGAGGAACUGAGGCAAAUAGAGAUUUCCAAGGCAAACUUCCUGGCAGAGCAAGAGAGGAUCAGGAAACAGAGGAUUCAGGAAGAGGCUUCGAGAAUCCAAGCAGAGCAAGAAGCUAAACUCAGAGAACUCCAGCAACAGCUUGAAGCCACAAGGGCAAUGAGCCAUUACUCAUCACACAAUGACUGUAUCUUACUCUAAAGCACCAAAAUCAUCUCAUUGAAGACACAAAGGAGCAAAAGGGACUUGAGACAACCGCUGGUUAGAAAACCCCAGUGCUCCUGUCUGACUGCCAUAUUUGUCUCAAGGUAUUUCACAUUACCUAGGGGAUGAUAACUUGGCCAAUAUUUGGACUCACAUGUGUAUCUCUCCUGUUGGUAGACACAGAAAGAAAGUUCCAAGGAAAAAUCAGAAGCAGUGCAUAUUUCUCAACUGGGUGGAGGUCCCUAGUCUGUGGGCAGUGUGGCCCCUCAGCACUGUUAGCUGGCCAUUUGCACAUUCUCUUUAUCUGUGCUUCUUCUUUGGGAGCCCAAUCUCAUUGUAGUAACCCUGGUCACAUGCCCAGCUAUCAUGCCACUCACUUAGAGGUAGAUUUGUUUCUACUGACUGUCUUAUCUUCCAGGUUCACAUUCUAUGUCUUGAUAUGUUCAUCACAGAAACUCUUCACUAAUACAGUGUUUUUGAUAUAAAGAAUUGCCAACCGGCUCUGUUUCCGUUUUUCUUUCUUUCAGUCUACACCUGCCCAGGCAAAUUGCUCACUUUCUACCAGAUUCUUAUACAGUAAUUAUACUGUUUUUAAAUGGUCUUAGCGGUUUAAGGUUCAAAAAUUUUAAAUGAUUUAUGACACUCUCUGUUCAUGCAUCUAUUUUAUCUCUUUAAAAUAAAUAACUGUACUUGGUUU